AUGUCCUCAAUCCGCAAGGACGCCCCACGAUUACCUCGACCUGCUGCUCGUUACUGGAAAGGAAAGGCGCCGAAAGGUGCCGCUGAAGCUGGUUCUGACUCAGAAGAUGAAGCCACAGCAACACCUCUAGAAGAAGGGGAUGUUCCAAUUCAGGACCACCAGGAUGCUAGUGAAGAUGAGGAGGAAGAGGAUGGAAUCCAGCUACGUCGAGAUGUUGCAAAGUCCAAAUCAAUCAGCGUGGCUCUGAAGGACGUUAGUGUUUCUAAGGAGGGGAGAGUGAUCAUUGCAGGAAGGGAAGAAUCUGGUCGGACAGUUGUGGAGGCGGAAGGUAUGACUUAUCAUUAUUUAUUUCUGCUUUUCUGUCGAACCCGCGAGGCGAUUCUCAAGCUUAUUUGUAAAGAAUCUGAAGAAGAAGAGUCUGACGAAGAGCAAACUAAGCCUGGAAAAAAGUCCGCGGAAGGUUCAGCGGAGGAGUCGAGCGAAUACGAGUCUGAUUCUGAGGAAGAAGAGAAGCCAAAACUCCAAUUUAGGCCCGUCUUUGUUCCCAAGCGUGCGAGAAUCACCAUUUCUGAGAAGGAAGCUAUCGCUCAGGACACUCAAGAAGCUCUUGCAAAGAAAGAAGCCGAGGCAGAGGAGCGCCGGAAACAAAGCCAUGACCUCGUUGCGGAAAGUAUCAGGCGAGAAUUGGCUGAGAAGGAGAAGGACGAGGAGAUUCCCGACGUGGAUGACACAGAUGGCUUAGACCCGGCUGCUGAAUUUGAAGCAUGGCGAUUGAGAGAGUUGAACAGAAUCAAAACAGAGAAGGAGGAGGAGCUUCGCCGUGAAGAAGAACGCGAGGAGAUUGAGCGACGUAGAGCUAUGCCAGAGGAGCAGAGGAUGAAGGAAGAUCUGGAAAGGGCUCAAAAGCUGAGGGAAGAUAAGCCGAAAGGGCAACAAAAGUUCUUGCAAAAAUACUGGCACAAGGGAGCUUUCCAUCAGGACGAAGAGAUUCUCAAACGCCAUGAUUUUACGGAAGCAACUGAAUCUACGAUAGAUGUUUCCAUGCUGCCUAAAGUUAUGCAAGUAAAAAAUUUUGGCAAACGAAGCCGGACCAAAUACACCCAUCUCUUGGAUCAAGAUACAACUGCACCGUCAGGCGGGUUUGGUGGAACUGCUCCUGUAAGGGCCGGAGGGACAUCCCUCGACGGGGGUGGCUGUUUUCUUUGUGGUGGCCCGCAUCUGAAGAAAGAUUGUCCUCAAAAUACUGGACCUCUAUCUGAGCGUGGCAGUGGCGCGAAUGCAGGGCCCAUAGGAUCAAGGCAAUUUGGGGGAAGACGAGACCAAGGCUCGUGGCGUGAUGAUGAUGGCGAUGAACGCAUAGCGGCUCGAAAGGAUUAUCGUCGAGGAAAUGACCGAGCAGAAGAUGAUGUAGACAAUUACCACAGAUCGAGAUCACCUAAUGGUAGAGAGAAACGCCGGCGUGUUGGGUAGUAGUAGCCACUACUACUAGCCAGAUCAAAUUUAGUCUUGUGUUAA